AGUACCGUUGUAGCCCUUCUCCGAAAACGAAGCAUUCCCUUUCACUUGCAUUUUCCACAUCGCCUCAACAUCCAGUGGCCGGAAGAGAGCAUAAAUUUUCACAAGUAAUUCUGUGGUGGUGGUGGUGAUACCCAAAAGUAUUCGGCGCCAUUUUUUGGCAGAGAUUUUCAUGAGACAGUGGGUGGAAAAGUGAAAAGCUCAAGUUUCCUCUCUUGGACGAUUGUCAAGAAAAUUACCAUGUGAAUGGUGGAAAUACAUCAGACGACAGUCUGCGUGAAGAUUCUUUGGGAAAAGUUUGCCAGUUGAAAAGACUUGAAAUAACAAAUGACUGUGACACUGAUGGAGCCCAGAGAAGCUGCGAGGAUGUCCCUCCAAUUGCAAUAAUUUAACAAAACUUGUGUAUUUUUAAAACUAUUAUGUGGAUUUUAUAAGGGGAACUUUUGUCUCCAACUUUUGCCUCCAUUUCUCAUAUACCCCGCACUCUCCGCGCGUGUGAGAGCUUUACCAGCAUUUCGUAGAAGGCGCAUAUAAUACACCACACAAACUUUUUGGAACACAGAAAAGGAAGAAAUAAUUCAGAGAAAGGCUCCCUCGUCGUACAAGAAAAAGGUAUCAUCGUAAAAACUGAAGAAAAUGUGUGGGAUGAGAGAGGGUCAACGACAAGUUUAAUAUUUUUUGACUCAUUGAUUUUCAUGCUUCUUUCCUUUCACUUGGCCACCCAGCAGAGGGUGUAAAAUAUACAUACAACAUAGGAUUGAGAGUAAAGAACAUUCCCCCGCAUCCAUCCCCCUUUAAAAGUAUAUAGAAAGCUGCGGGUGUACAAUAAAAAGGAGGAAGAAAAGCAAAGAAAAAAAAAUGCAGCAGCAAGGACAAUUGAAGAAUAUUGCGGGUGACACGAGCCCAUUAUCGAAUAAUAAAAGGCCAUACCGGAAGACCAGCGCCGAGAUUGUGAGUGAGGCAAAAAGCAUUUUAGCAGGGAGCGGAACUGGUGCUCGAUUAGUUGUGACACGACGGCCGAUAACUCCGCGGGAACCACGGCCAGGACGGCAUCUGUAUGGGCGUGUUGCACCAGAAGGUCGACCACCCAGUGCUUUUAGCCUGCGCUACCUUCAAUUUGAAAGUCGUGCACUUCCGUCCUUGGAACCCAUUCCACAGGUCACUCAAUCCUUCGACGAUGCACCCACGUCCCCAGCAAAGAGUCCAAUGGUGCACCGUAGUGAGUCCACGGGUUCACUUGCGUGCUAUGAAAACGGCGAAGAUUCGAAUAAUAAUCAGAAAAGGGGAAAAUUGCCAGCCCUUCUUCAACCGCCCAAGAUUGCAGCAUCGCUCGAUAAUUUGCUGGAGGAAAUGCCACCACGAAAGGAUUUCACCGUGAGGGAUCACCCACUGAGGAAGAUGCAGACAAAAUCAUGCGAUGGGAAAAUGCGAACCGAUGGACCUCAGCUGAAGAAUUCCCCAACUGGGAUGCCACAGCAAUCGAAUGUGGCGGUCAGAGGGUCGAAAUUGAAUCGUGGCAAUGAUUUAUUGACACAAUCCUCCACGGAGACCCUUCUCGACAUGCUAAAAGCUCAUGCGGGAGUUAAGGAGUGCACAGAAGAAUCAGUUCAGCAUAUUACGGGGAUUCUCACAGAGCUGUACACACGGGUGAAAGGAGCCCGAGGGGGAUGGCGUGGAGCAGUUCUUACAGCUCUCUACGGUCUAGUGGAGUGCGCUUCACCCAAAGUUCUUCUUGCUGUGGCUCGAGUUGUUUUGGCGCUUCGCGUGACUGGCAGCAACUUGACGGGAGCCUGCAAGUUAAUCUUCAAAGUGGCAAGGAAUGAGUCUAACGAUAAUUUGUUCGUAGACUGUGACGUGGCGGAACUCCUUAUCGAUGGAUUGGGACGUGCGACGCCACUUGAGGAACCCGAAGCAUGCAUCUAUGGGUAUGGAGCUGUGCGUUUUCUAGCAUCAUCCAACAUUCAAUCGUACACCGGCAAAAACCUCAAGAAGGAAGUUAUGCCAAAUAGGAAUAAGUCUCUGGCUUAUAGAUUGGCACGUCAUGGGGCUAUUGAUCUCAUUGUGCUGCAUUUGCAAAUGCUAAAUGAAGUUGGGGCUCAGUCAAAGCUCGCUGGACCACCUCUUCAUGCACUAUAUCAACUCUCUGGGGCUCUACGUGCUCUAGCUGGUGCUCCUAUUGUUAUUCAAGCCAUAAACAAUCCCACAGCUAAAGUGCUCACAACUACCCAAACGACGCAAUUUGGGCAAAUUAAAGAGACACUCGAGGGGGAGGAAAUCCAACUUGAACUGGCAGGACCACAUCUGGUACGCGCUGCUGAGAUUUGUGUCGAUGAGAUGGAAACACAAGCAAACAUCAUUCGCACCCUCAGCGUCCUGUCCGAGUUGGAUGCUUGUUGCGGAGUGUUGGUGGAUUCCGCAGCGAAAUUGGCCAUUUUGCUGGGACCGUGCCCAGAAGUGACCUCCCGGGAGAUAUCCAACAAAUCCCUGGGUACUGUUAGUCGACUGGGAUAUAUUCUUGGUAACAUUGUAGCAAAGUGGGAUGUUGCGAGGAUUCUUAUCUAUGAAAAUGAUGCGGCUAUGGAGCAUCUUCUUGCGGCUCUUGAGCACUACUCCAAUCAGCCUCUACAGAUGAGAAACCAGGGGGAGGAUUCUGUGGUGGAUGUGAUUGUGAAGCUGGUUAGAGUUGUGGCGAAUAUGUGCGUCAAUGGAGAAGUAGGAUUGGGAAUGUGCAGAAGAGCUUUCUUGGGGAAUACCCUGCUUAAUCUUGUGGCAAAUGCGAAUAGAAUUCCAACUUCAGAGAUGACGGAGGAGCUCGAGGAGAUGCUUUUAGCCACACUUGGGGCACUACACAAUUUAUCCUUCUAUCAGGAAGGAGAGGAGACAAAAACAUCUGAGGUUGCCCUGAGCAGCAUCAAUGGGAAAAUUGAACAACUGAGUUGUGCUUUGGUGGACACUUUAAAGAAUCAAUCGAUUGCAUGUCAAGCGGAAGCAGCUCGUGUUCUCGGCAACAUGACCCGGAAUCCGGAAUCACGCGAAGCAAUUUGUACAGCCGGAGGGCUUAAAGUUCUCAUACGAAAUCUUGAAUCAGAAGAUUUUGAACUUGUGUCGUCAUCGUGUGGUGUUCUCGUGAAUCUACUUGGAGACUGGGAGCGCAGGAUGCCAUUCAAGGAUCUCAAGGGUCCUUUUCUUCUGCGGGAUGUUCUCCAACGUAGCGCCAUGGAGGAAGACUGGCUCUUGGCAGGAACAGUAUGUCAAGCUCUAUGGAAUUUCCUCAUUGACACGGAAAAUGUAGUGGCUGCUCUAGGCACUGAGGAGGCUGAGUGCAUUAUGCAGGAUUUAGCUGAGUGUCUGGGGGAUGAAGGAAAAAAGAAAAUUCAAUGCACUGACGAGCUGUGGGAACAAUUCUCUUUUGUGGCAAGCGACUUGUUGGAUCGCAUUCAAACCUCCCCCAUUUCAAUUACAAAUUCACCGUGCAUCUCUUCAGAAUCAGAUGAUAACGAUGAUGUUGGCGGGAAGGUGGGUCAGGCAUGGGGCAAUGGCUUCCGGCAGUGGCUUGAUGAAUGAGCGAGCAACGGAGAGAAUUUCAUUAAAUAAUCAUCCACUAAAUACAAUGGAAAGAGGGGACAAAAAUAUUCGCCUACGCAAUUCCUUCAGCAUACCACGGAAUUCCCCAUCAUGGGAGAUAAGAGAAUUUCAGAGAUGAGGAAAGAAAUUAGAAUUUCGUCACACUUUGAGAUAAUAUUUAUUCCAGUAGCGUUUAUCCCCUUCAAUUUUGUAGUUCCUAAUUCAAUUCUCUUUUCCUUGCCUCCAUCACUGGUACGUACAGGGUAACGAUCAACCUAUAUUAUAAUGUAUGUAGUCGCUACGAAAAUACCUCUCUCGUCCACAAUAAAUUUACCAGAAAGUCCCUUCUUUUAAUGUGUAGAAGAAGCAAAAUAAAUUUAUUUCAGUGGCACUCGGAA